UCAAUGAAAACUGCCUGUUUGCAGCUCUAUGGAGAUUGCAGGCACCACAAUUACUGUUUCCUCUCCCUGACCUGGAGCUGCAACUCCAUCAGCAGGAUAGAAAGGUAGCCUCGUUGCCUAGCAAAGGUGGGAUGAUUUAUCUGUGUGUCUAGAUUGGUCCCUUUUCUUUGCUGCACAAGAGAAAUGCAUUCAGACUUCCAAGGAGAAUGAAGCCAGGCUAGGAAUCGGAGUGGAUGUGGGAGAGCUGCUCUCCCAGGGAGUAGAAAGAGCCACAGGAUCUCUGUGCUUUCUGUUCCUGUGCAGCACAGGACAAUGGUUUUGUCUGCUCCAGUUAUAGCCCUGGGGGCUACCUUAGGGACUGCAACUAGCAUCCUUGCCCUCUGCGGUCUCACCUGCUUCUGCAAAUGCAAGCAACCUGGGAAAGGACUCUCAGAAAAGGACCAAGAGGAGGAGACGGAAAACACUAAGCCCAGUGUGCUUCAGCCAGUCCAGCAAUUCAACGUUAAGAAAACUGCAGAGCCUGUCCAGCCUCGAGCACUUCUGAAGUUUCCCAACAUUUAUGGCCCCAAACCAGAAGUAACUUCGCCUGAAAUUGUUAAUUACACACAGUACUCUCUGAAAACAACAGAAGAACCAGCUACUGGAAAACAUACUGCUUUGGAUGAGAAUAGGAUGAAGAUACAAGUCAAUGAAGAGCUGUUUGUUCUCCCUCAAAACGUUCCAGGUGUGGUAAAGGACGUGUGUGUGACGGAGCACCUGAAGCCGGACGGCGCGGCCGGCGGCGCGCAGCCCCCGGAGCUGCACUACUCGCUGCUGCGCGACCCGCAGCGCGCAGAGCUGCGCGUGGCCCUGCUGCAAGCUAUGCAUGGCAGAAUGAGUGGGGACCAAGAUGCUGGCUGCCAUUGUUACAUACUGGGCACACUGGAGAGCAAGUCUGGUAUUGCUGAGGCCCAGACAGAGCUGAAGAAGAAGGUACUUCACACCCUUUGGGAGGAGGUGCUGCGAUUCCCAUUGACGGAGGAGGAGAUGCCAGGAGGGACACUGACUCUCACCCUGAGAAACUGCGACAAGUUCUCCAGGCACAGCAUUGUGGGGGAACUCAAACUGAACCUUGCUGACAUGGAGGAAUCCUUUGGGAAGGCCCAGUGGGAAAGGUUAAAGAGCCCAGAGAAGGAGCCAUCCACGGGCCAUGGGGAGGUUCUGCUCUCUAUUAGCUACCUGCCAGCAGCUAAUCGCCUGCUGGUGGUGAUUAUUAAGGCUAAAAACCUCCAUUCCAAGCAGCUGAAAGAUCUACUUGGCAGUGAUGUUUCUGUCAAGGUGACACUGAGGCAUCAGUCACUGAAGCUGAAGAAGAAGCAGACCAAACGUGCAAAACACAAGAUCAACCCUGUGUGGAAUGAGAUGAUCAUGUUUGAGGUGCCUCACGAGCUCCUGCGUGCCUCCAGCGUGGAGCUGGAAAUGCUGAGCCAGGAUGGAGCUGGCCAGAGCCAUGUGCUUGGCAAGUGCAGUCUGGGCUUACACGUCACAGGCACAGAGAGGAACCACUGGGAAGAAAUGCUGAGGAACCCCAGGAAACAGAUAGCCAUGUGGCACCAGCUCCACAUGUAGGAUCAUCAUGAUUACUGACAACAAGAUUCCCACCGGGCCUCAGAGCCUGGGGGAAUAAACUGGAUUUCACCUUCCACCUUCACCUUCAUGAAAUUACUCAGCACAGCACCACCUUUCUCUGAUCUUCCUGUCAUUCUAGCCAGACAGGAAACUGUCUGGAAAAUGUAUUUAAAGGACAAUCUCUCACUUAAUCAAGUAGUUGUCUCAAACAAGGGAUUGGCUGCCUAGAUGGUUUGAAUUAAUUUUAUUUGCCUGCUCACUGUCUCUUCUGAGAGGUCUCUGUUUCUGUCGAGGAGCA